CACAAAUAAAACACAGUUAAUAGUUAGUAAAACAAUGCCUAAAAAAAGUCCGACUAAUAGUAUGAAUGGACACAACAAACAACAUAACGGCGCCGGUAAUCGUCAACGACGGCGACCAACAACAACAAAAACAACUACGGGUUCAUCGGUGGUCAGUCUGGCGGUACUGACCGUAGCGACACUGGCCGUAUCGUACGGCAUAUACGCCAAUAUCGAUGCCAUCAACGAAUUAUCGAAGCGGACACUGGAUGUCGAUAUCAAACAAUAUGUUACCGUCGGCAGCGGCGGCGGCGGCGGCGAUAACAACAAUGAAGAUAUUGAUAGACGAUUACCGCAACAACAACAACAACGGCCACAACAAGUGGUGUCACCGCCGAUAAAGCCGAAGCCGACAAAAACGAAGCCAACUGUCGACAGUAGUAUUCACGAAAUACGUCAGAAAUCGACAUCGAAACCGGUGGACAUUAAAUCGUGUCAACAAAUGUUGGCCAACGAUAUCCCGGGUCUAACACUGGACGACUUUCAUCCGAUCGACAACCAAAAUCCCAAAGACUUGACACUCAAUCAGAUCUCACAAUUCAAUAAUUUGCAAUUAGGUCCGCGAUUGCAGUCCAUUGUCCGAAUGGAUUACUUCAAGUUUGUCAAACUCAACCUCAAUCGGGGCUGUACUCUAUGGCCCGACUCUACCAAAUGUGUGCUUAGAGACUGUAGUAUACAAUACUGUGAUAAAUCAAAACUCCCAAAAUCGGUGAUAAUGGAGGAGAACAACGACAAUAACAACAACAACAACAACAAAAACAAUGUUGUCCGCAAAGUGUCGACACUAACGGACAAAGAAGCUGAAGACUGUCCGGCAAAUUCGGAACAAAAGCUAUCGCAAAUCGAUCGGACAGUUUCGUCGACAAACAUCGAGGCCAUGAACUCGCUGUUUGAUUGUACCGAAAACGACGAAGAGGGCACUCAGUAUUACGAUUUGCUAUUAAAUCCCGAAAGAUUUACCGGUUAUGCCGGCGAAACAUGCGAUCGUAUCUGGAAAUCUAUAUACGAAGAAAACUGUUUCCUACAGAAACAAAGCAAUCCGUUCUCAUUGGACAAUGUCUGCUAUGAAGAGCGGAUCUUCUACAGAGCCAUCUCCGGUCUUCAUUCGUCUAUUAAUAUACAUUUGUCGGCCUUAUAUCAUAACAUUGACGGCUCGUUUUCACACAAUAUCAAAGAGUUUGUCAAACGAUUUGAUGGUCAAACCGAUUAUAUUAGGAAUUUAUAUUUUGUAUAUUUGCUUGAAUUACGUGCCCUUAACAAAGCUGAACCAUAUCUGCUUAAUAAAGUCAAUUGGCAGUCAAGUGGUGACCAAUCGCUCACUAAAGAGGCAAUCAAAGACCUGAUGCGGACAGUCAAAAAAUUCAAAUAUCACUUUAACGAGUCGAUCCUAUUCAAGGAUCAGCCGCCGACUGUUGCUCAUCAAGUUGGCCAACACUUUCACAAUAUAACGACAACAAUAAUGGAUUGUGUGGCCUGCGACCGGUGUCGGCUAUGGGGUAAAGUGCAAACACACGGCUUGAGUACAGCCUUGAAAAUAUUGUUGGCCGACGACACCAACGAUAAGCUACGAUUGCAUCGGCACGAGAUCACAUGUCUGGUCAAUGCAUUGGCCCGACUAUCCAAUAGUAUCGCACAGUUGGAGGUCUUCAAAAAGUUACUUACAAAUUGAUUAUAUAUUUUAAUUGUUUUUUU